GUUCUUUUGGCAUCUCGCAACUGGCUCUGAUUUCAAAAAAACAUGGGUAAAGCAAAAAAGACUAGAAAGUUUGCAGAGGUCAAACGAACGCUCUCUUUGAAGGAUCAGAGGCUUAAGGCAAACAAGGAAAAGGCGGAGAAGAAGGAAAAAGAGAAAGAACAGGAACUCGUCAGACACAUUCCUCAAGUGGCCUCGUCCCUCUUCUUCAAAUACAACGAAGCACUCGGCCCACCAUACCAUGUGUUGGUCGAUACAAAUUUUAUCAAUUUCUCCAUCCAAAACAAACUCGAGCUCGUUAAGGCCAUGAUGGACUGCCUAUAUGCAAAAUGCAUCCCUUGCAUAACAGACUGCGUUAUGGCUGAAUUAGAAAAGCUCGGUGUCAAAUAUCGCAUUGCCCUCAAGAUCGCCCGGGAUCCGCGGUUUGAACGACUACCAUGCACGCAUAAAGGUGUUUAUGCUGAUGACUGCAUUGUCAACCGUGUGAUGCAGCACAAGUGCUACAUCGUCGCCACGUGUGAUAGAGAACUGAAGAGGCGAAUUCGAAAGAUACCAGGAAUCCCAAUCAUGUAUAUUGCAUCGAGAAAGUAUGCAAUCGAACGAUUGCCUGAUACACCCGUGUAGUCACUUUUACUUCAGUUUUGAUAUGUUACUGUUUGCUGUGUACACACUUGUUUAGACUUGAUGGCAUGGACGGCAGGUGUGCUUGUCUCGUGUCGGCUUUUGUUUAUAUUAGAAAUAUAAUUCGCGCUUUCGCACCAUGGCAAUA